AUGAGUUAUGAAACAGAUGAAGAUUUAUUUAAUGCAACAACCAAAGAUUACUCAUACAAUGAUACAACUUUAUAUUGGUGUGGAGAAGAUACCAAAACUUGUCAUAUAUGUGGAUCACCUGAUCACAUUGCUAAAAUAUGUGGCCGUAACAACAGAAAUAAUAACAACCCAAAAGAAAAUAAAAUGAAAAAAUUAUACAGUAAAUUUAGACUUACCCAGCAUCGUAAAUUGCCCAAAUCAUAUGCUGAAGUGGCCAAAGAUAAAAAUAUCUCUAAACAACAUAUCAACAAUGGGGAUGAACAAAAUACUUUAAAAAAUGGUACUACAUCUGGAGGUUCAAUGCAUGAAAAGAAAAAUCCAGAAUUACACUCUAUUCUUUCAGAAAUCCAAAAAUCCUUAAAAAUAUUAACAUCACAAGUAGAUGUUUCUUCUGAUGAUACAAUCAACCCAGACAACAAAUCAGAAAAAGAACUACAAAAAGAAACACAAAGUAUCAAAAAUACACAGGAUAAAUUAAUCCAAGGAAUAAAUGAAAUGCAGACACAACUAAAAGAUGUAUUAGAAGUUUAUGGAAAUCCUAAUCCAAAUAACAACGACAAUUUAUAUGGUUACAAUUUAGUUGACACAAUUGAAUAA